ACACACACACACACACAGAGAGAGAGAGAGAGAGAGAGAGAGAGAGAGAGAGAGAGAUCAUCAUUCAACCUUAUAAUGUCUCACACUUCGUCCUCCGGUGGCCAGGAGACUACCUCGCACGACGAGUCUGGAAUGACGAACGACAGCACAAGGACAAACAGGGGCUCGCCCGUGCCUGACCUACCAGACCCUUCAGAGUCUAACGAUGCACCCGCAGACACCCAGAGCGACCACACCAACCUUGACCAAGAUCUACUGGGAUUCGGGGCUCAGUUCGAUGAUAAGAAAUAAGACUGUUGGGGUAUGUCAUACGGGGAGACAUUAGUCCCAUAUGGCGAUCCACGU